AAUAAAUGUAUUGUACGCCGUGACCCAUUUUAAUUUGACGAAAUAUUAUAAACCGAGGUGUAUAUCUUAAGAUGCAUGUUAGAUUUGGUUUAUAAGUCUAACAGUUUUGGAAACUUUCAUCCAAUGACAAAUUAGGUUACAAAUUCGAAAAUACGCUGUGCAACAAAAAUUCAAGAUGGCGGACACUAACACUGUAGAUUUAUAAAUUGAGAAUUUAAGCGAAAUUUCGGACAGAUGGUGGGGGGAAUCGACAUGCAGGGCACAAGUAGAGGUGCACCAUCCACUGUCUAUGAUGGCCUUAAAGGUCCAGUUAAAGGUCAUGUGGCCCUCAAGAGUAGUGCUUUGGCACCUACCACAACUAGACUUAGUAACCAACAUUUAAUACAAGAUCAUUUAUCAGCUCACUAUAGGCGAGUAAGCAGUGCUAAAGCUGCUGUGGAUACGAAACCACCAAAGUCAAUGGCCAUCAGUACUAAAGUAAGAGAUCAGAAAAGAAGAGAUCUUGGAAGAGAAUCUAGAAUAAGUUCCAGGGCUAGUUCUAGUGCAAGUUACCGUGACUAUACAAGACCCAAAACUGACAGAUAUGAAAAUUAUGAUAUAAAUCUGUCAUAUGAUAAUUUCAAUAUGGUGAAUGAUAUUGUUGAAGACACCAGGCAUUCACCAAGUACAUAUAGAACCCCUAGACCAAUGAAAUCAAACAUCCCUCCAGAGUGGCAACAACAUACCAAAACUGGAAUAAAAACAAAGAAGUGGGAUCAGAAAGAUUUGCUGGACACUCAAGCCGAUAGAUUUACUGAACCAGAAAAACCAUACACCCCAAGAACUCUGAAGAGAGAAGCACAAUCGAAGAUAGCCCAAUCCAAAAAUUAUAACCCACCCAAAAGGAAAAGUGAAAAAAGUGAUUCCAAAGGAAAAGAUUUGUUAUCUACACGGAAUACUUAUGCUGAUUACAAUGGGGAGAUGGAAAGCAGCUUGCAAUUUCCUAGAAGGCUCAACUCAGCACGAGUGAAGGAAGAAGAGGAAGAAUUGAAAUAUUUAGAGUUUGUAUCAGAUGUGACAAAUGAUGUGUUAAACAGAGGGAUAUAUUCCAAUCGAGUACUCAAACAAAUAUUUGAUAAACAUGUAGAGAGAAAAAGAGGACAACUGGAUGAGCGUCGUAUGCUUCGACUAAUGGAUCAACUCCGACAAGAUUUGGGAAUCCCCAUCCAUGAGGACUGA